CCGUUGCUAAGCUGCAAAGAAGAAGAAGAGGCGUCGCGAUUGGAUAACAUAGCAUCAUGCUAGCUCCACACAGAGGUUAAAAACAAAUGUCUCUAGAAACGGAUCUUCGCGGAAGGCAAUGGCUCUGUUUGUGUUAUGUUAAUAUCCAUGUUCGCCGACAAUAGAAACCAUGUCAGCGCUUUUGUUGCCGCACAGUGCUGGGAUCUGUGGGACUUACAGCAGACGGGUGUUAUGGACGCUGUCAAGGCUAAACUUUCAUGCUGUACCAAGCACAGCGACAUCCAUGGAGGGCGCCGGGAACGUGCUGUCCAGGUGUGCUAAUGCCAGGAGGAGCCUUUACCUCUUAAGAUCAGAGCGGACAAUCACGGGUCAGCCGCAGAAGAAACUCCUGCAGAGUCUUCUCCACAAACCUUUGGGUCCUGGCCUGGUUGGACUCAGCAGAGAGUUAAUCAGAAGCAACCUACUGAAGAACCCUGUUGGUUUAAUAAAUUUAUUAGGGUCAACUAACUUUUUCAGUACGUCUGAAACAAAAAAACAGAAAAAUAAUAGUUCUGGACCAAAGGGAAAAACUCCUCAGGAAGAUGAAGAGGAGAAGAAACGGCGUGAGCAGGAGGAUCAGAUGUACCGCGAGCGCCUGCGCACGCUCUUCAUCAUAGCGCUCAUCAUGAGCCUGCUUAACUCCAUUAACACCAGCGGCGGCAACAUCUCCUGGAACGACUUUGUCAACGAGAUGCUGGCCAAGGGAGAGGUGUCCCGCGUGCAGGUCGUCCCCGAGAGCGACAUUGUGGAAAUCUACCUUCAUCCCGGGGCUGUCAUCUUUGGACGGCCUAGGUUGGCGCUCAUGUACAGAAUGCAGGUUGCAAACAUUGACAAAUUUGAGGAGAAGCUGCGGGCAGCGGAGGAGGAACUAAAUAUCGACCAUAAGGACCGGAUACCCGUGACGUACAAGCGAACUGGAUUCUUUGGAAAUGCCGUCUACGCUCUGGGAAUGGCUGCAAUAGGCGUGGCUAUUCUCUGGUACAUCUUCCGGCUCGCAGGGAUGGGCGGCAGAGAAGGGGGCUUCAGUGCUUUUAAUCAGCUGAAGAUGGCCAAGUUCACCAUUGUCGACGGUAAAUCCGGUAAAGGCGUGAGUUUCAAAGACGUAGCCGGCAUGCACGAGGCUAAGAUGGAGGUGAAGGAAUUUGUUGACUACCUCAAGAGUCCAGAGCGAUACCUGCAGCUGGGAGCCAAGGUUCCUAAGGGAGCGUUGCUGCUCGGGCCCCCAGGAUGUGGCAAGACCCUGCUGGCCAAAGCCGUGGCGACGGAGGCUCAGGUGCCCUUUCUGGCUAUGGCCGGCUCUGAGUUUGUGGAGGUGAUUGGAGGCCUGGGUGCCGCCAGGGUCAGGAGUCUGUUCAAAGAGGCUCGUGCGCGGGCGCCGUGCAUCGUGUACAUCGACGAGAUCGACGCCGUGGGAAAGAAGCGCUCCACCAACAUGUCGGGGUUCUCCAACACCGAGGAGGAGCAGACUCUCAACCAGCUCCUGGUGGAGAUGGACGGAAUGGGAACAACAGACCAUGUCAUCGUUCUGGCCUCCACUAACAGAGCGGACAUUUUGGACAACGCUCUCAUGAGGCCAGGCAGGCUGGACAGACACAUCUUCAUAGAUCUCCCCACACUGCAGGAGAGGAAGGAGAUCUACGAGCAGCACCUGAAGAUCUUGAAGCUGACCCAACCAGCCAAUUUCUAUUCUCUGCGGCUGGCUGAGCUCACCCCAGGCUUCAGUGGUGCAGACAUCGCGAACAUUUGCAACGAAGCUGCGCUGCACGCUGCCAGAAAGGGCUUCAAGUCCAUCGACACUUUUAACUUUGAGUAUGCCGUGGAAAGAGUGAUAGCAGGAAGCAUGAAGAAGAGCAAGAUCCUGUCCAAAGAAGAGCAGAGGGUGGUCGCCUUCCACGAGUCGGGACACGCCUUAGUGGGAUGGCUGCUUGAGCACACAGAGGCCGUGUUGAAGGUCUCCAUUGCUCCGCGCACGAACGCAGCCCUGGGGUUUGCUCAGAUCUUACCCCGCGAGCAGUACCUGUUCACCAAGGAGCAGCUGUUUGAGCGCAUGUGCAUGGCCCUGGGAGGAAGAGCGUCAGAGGCCAUCACUUUUAACAAGGUUACCACGGGAGCUCAGGACGACUUGCGGAAGGUGACGCGCGUGGCUUACUCUAUGGUGAAGCAGUACGGCAUGUGCGACAGCGUGGGACAGGUGUCGUUCCCCGAGACGGAGGAGCAAGGCGCCGUCGGCCGGCGUCCUUUCAGCCAAGGCCUGCAGCAGCAGAUGGAUCAUGAGGCUAAGAUGUUGAUCGCCCGCGCGUACCGACACACAGAGAAGCUGCUGCUGGACAACCGGGACAAGCUGAUCAUGUUGGCCAAUGCUCUGCUAGAGCGCGAGGUGGUGAACUACGACGACAUCGAAGCCUUGCUGGGCCCGCCGCCCUUUGGGCCGAAGAAGAUGAUCCUCCCACAGAGCUGGGUGGAGGCAGAGAGGGACAAGCAGGACACAGAAGAGGAUGACCCACCGCCGCCGCCUCGUAAACGCAGAGAGGAGGACGUUGAUCCGCAGUUAGUCUGAUUAAUUUUGCACUGUCUUUCGACGCUUGAUCAGGAGCCAGUGGGAAGUUAAUAAAAGCAGGGAAAUCCUCACAUUAAGGCUGACGGUAAAAGCAAAGUUUGAAAAACUCAGCACUUCACAUAGACUUUUGUAUAAAUGUUUAUAUCCUGACCCGAUGGAUUUUUUCUGCAGCUUCAAGAAGGUUGCAAGGCAACUAUUAUUAUUAUUCUCACAAUGCUUUGCUACCAAGCUGUAUCAUCUCACCAGGGUUGCUUUGAAAGCAAGCUCACUCGUUCAGGAUGCUUUUAGAAAUGCAUACAUGCAGAUGGAUUAGAAAAAUCUGUCUUUUAUCAUGUACUGUUCAUGGUUUUCAUGCAAAUGUACUGUAGCCGAUUCCAGUUGGGAUUUCAUGCAUUUCUUUAGGGAACCGAUAGCCCUUCACAUCUGCAGUAAAGAUGAUGUAGAGCAAUUAAAAAAAAAACUCCCACUCAAAGGUUCAUUUACAUUCAACUAAAAAGUUAAAAUUUAUAUAAACGGCUCAUUCUGCUGUUAAAUGGUCAUAAAGCAGAGUUCUGUGGGUAUAUAAAGCAGUGUGCAAGAAAGGCCACAUGUUAGUGAAGCAAGAGCUGAAAGUAAAAUAUCAUCUUUAGCAUUCGUGAAACUACCCUAAAUACUGCAUAGACGAGGGUUGUGUGCAUUUUUGCUUUCAAACAAUGGAUGCAAAAAAGCUAAACCUUUUUUAUGAAAGUGAAUAAAAUGUAAAAUGCUGAUGUCAAGGACCUUUGGUCUGUAAUUUUUAGUUUUUGGUUCUGUCAACUUUAUUCAGCUCAUCCACAGGCUUUACUAAAGAUAAUCUAUUUCAGUGCAGGAUUUUUUUUUUCUGCUGCAAACCCACUUUAUUGGGUUGCAUGAGAAAAGCACCUUUUAUACAGUCAAAGUCGGUGGAACAAUGGUGUUUUAUUCUAAGCAGAGUUUGAAGGGAUUGUAAGUUGAUUCACAAAAAUGUGUUGCCAAAUAUUUAAAUAAAUAUUUAAAAGCUG